AUGUUUCGACGUUGUCUGAUGUUGACAGCUCGUUGUCAUGCUUCAUUGCAUAGAAAUAUACACACAUCUGCCGUUAGAUGUCGUCCUAUGAUACCUAUAGUGAUUGAAUCAUCAGGUCGUGGUGAACGAGCUUAUGAUAUUUACUCAAGGUUACUGAAAGAAAGGAUAAUCUGUGUUAUGGGGCCAAUUAAUGAUGAUUUGUCAAGUCUUGUUGUUGCCCAGUUACUCUUCCUCCAGUCUGAGAGCAGCAAGAAAGCCAUUCACAUGUAUAUCAAUAGUCCUGGUGGUUCUGUGACCGCUGGUCUUGGAAUCUAUGACACAAUGCAAUAUGUGCAGCCUCCUGUUGCCACUUGGUGUGUGGGCCAAGCAUGCAGCAUGGCCUCUUUGCUUCUGUGUGCUGGAACCUCAGGCAUGAGACACUCACUUCCAAAUUCAAGAAUCAUGAUUCACCAACCAUCUGGACAAGUUGGGGGUCAAGCAACAGAUAUCAUGAUUCAUGCAGAGGAAAUUAUUAAAUUAAAAAAACAGAUCAACUCCCUCUACAUGAAACAUACUGGUCAAAGCCUGGAAAGUAUUGAACAAAAGAUGGAACGAGAUUUGUUCAUGAGCCCCAGUGAUGCCCAUGAUUUUGGGUUGAUUGACACUAUUUUGGAACACCCUCCGACCUUUCAGCUUUUUGAAAAAGAAGUGUCAUCUGCUAAACUUGAACUGGUGAACUUGUCUAAGAAGGAUGCUCGUCGUUUUGCACAUAUUAUUCGUGGGGCUGUUGAAGAUGUUUGUUGCGGAAUUCGAGAGGAGAAUUUUGCUUUAAUUAAGCAGCACUGGCAUUUCAAUUUGCACCUGGUUUUGUUUCUUAAACUCUUCUGUCAGGAAAAGUUGCAGGACACAACUGAGGAAUUCUAUCAGGAUGCACCUUGCAAAGAUGAUAUGUUGAUUAUUAUGGCACCUCUUCCACAUAUAUCUACUGCUUUUUACUUUGAACUCUUAAAGUCCUGUGGCUGGCAAUUGCUUUUUUCAGCGUGUCUACCUAUGCUUGAGCCAGAAGAAAUCCAAAAAUUGAUGGUACAUGCCAUUAAACAUUGUCAGGAACAACCCCAGUCAACAGAGGACUUGUUCCUUCUGACAGCACUGAUUAAAAUUAUUAAUGAAUCCUGCCUUCCUGAUGAAAUCCAGGAGUUUUGGUCGAAGCAUAGACAAGCUGGAACUUUAAUUGAUGCUAGUGGCCCACAUAUCAGUUUAAGCAAUGUUCGUAACAUGCUUUCUGAUCACAAUCAAAUAUUAUUGGACCUCCUGAACGGUGUGGAGCAGUUUCUGACUUGCAUCAAUGAAGAGGCGGAAAAUAGGAGUUCUUUAUUUUGGGAAUUGGAAGAAGCAAAAAAUAGUGAUUCUUUAUUUCAGAAUAUCUAUGAGCUGUCCAAUUUUGAUGACAUCUAUUUUGACUUGACAUUCUUGGGAAUUGCACUUUAUGGAGAUUCUUUUAAGACUUCAAUUACUCUAGAAGAUCUCCUUACAGAUAAACAGUUAUACAAUUUGGAGAAAGGAGAGUUGCUAAACUUGACUGAAGACCUGAAAAAGUGGCUGGACAAAAGUGACGACAUUGAAAGUUUGAAAAAUUUACAUGAAAAUGGGUCAAAAUACUCGGCAUUAAAAUGCAAACCAUAUCCGUUCAGAGUUGAGCAUUUGAAAACUUUGAAGUCGGAAUAUCCGAGGCGUAUCAUUUCCUGUUUGUAUCUUUACUUGAAGUGCCAGCCCUGUUUAGAUGAUGUCAAAACCUUGGAAGACCAGAAAUUGUUAUCUGCUAACAAAUUCAUCAGGCUUUGUUGUAUUCUGGUUGAGUAUCUGUCUGACAAUGAAGACUAUUCUGCAUAUGGAGACAUGAUUCCAGAAGGGGAUUUUUUUAUUGAUCAAUGUGAUUUCAUUUGUGAUUAUGAAAUAUAUGAUUAUUCUUUUGAUGACUAUCCAGAUAGAACAACUCCUAUGGAAGAUGAUUUACCUGUGGACAAAUUGGCUGAAAUACUGAAAGAUGAAAAUCUAUAUUCCUGGCAGGAUAGAAGCUAUUUAUCAAUUCUUGAGGAUCACCUGAGAGAACUAUCAGAUGCUGAUCUAUUUCGCUCUCUUUGGGAACGAGUUAAUUGGCUGUCCAAUUUUAGAGGGGAAGAAAAAGAGCUUACGAAAGAUUACCUCAAGAUUUUACUGGAUGCUUUUUCGUUGCUGGAUCCAUUACUACAAGAUUAUUUAAUCCGGGAUUUCUACCUUCCUAACAAAAUUGAUGUUGUUCGACCUUGGUGGAGAAAUGAUGGCUCUCAACAGCAAUUAUCUCUUUCUUUAAACAAAUUGACUGAGAGAAAUUUUUCAAAGAUCCCCAAUAUAAUAUCCCAUUAUGCAUUACUUGACCUUGACACAGUGUUAAGAACAUCAAUUUUCACAGCAGUUAAUAAUGCAUGUCAAGUGGAUGUCAUCGUUCAGCUGCUGAGGUUCUUGCCUGUUUCCUGUCAGAUUCCUUCCUCUAGUCACAACACAGACCAUGAAGAGAAAAAAGAUGUAAAAACUCUCUCGCUUUUGGGCACAGUGCUUGAGUCUGUGCUGAAUUCUGGCAAACUGGAUGAAAAUCAACAAAAUACCUUUCUUGAAUUGGUCACUCAACUGAUCAAACCAGUAUCUAUUGGAGUCCGAAAGCAAUUUGGGGUAACGAAACAUUUGUUGAUGGUUCCCGAAGUCUUUCAUUUCCAUAUUUUGCCUCGUCUCCAUUUGAACUUUCCACUUGAUGCCAACCAACCAAAUCCAUUUUUCAUUCUCCAACUUUUACUCAUUGUUCUUGAAAGUGAACAGAUUCAACAUUCAACUUGCAUUGAGGGGCUUCACUUGCAUGUUGUCAUCGUCCAAAUCUGUCAUGCUUUGAAUUCUUCAAUAGAAACCUGGAAAGAAGAUGGCAAAAAAGAAUAUUUUUGGAAAUUGAAGCCAUUGCUUAUUUCAGCUCUGGGUCUUCUACAAGAAAUCAUUUUGAAAAACCUUCCCGCUAAACCAGACAAAAUUUGUGAGUGGCUGAAUCACAAAAUGUCAGUUUUAGAUUGGACAGUGCGACUACGUGUGAGGAAACUCUUGUUUCUCAAACACCAAAAUUCUGAGCCUGAUCAACAGCUUAGUGAUAAAAUGGUCUUGUCUUUCUUGAAAACUCAUGGAAUCACACAGACAUGUGAUCUUCAACAAACCCUUCAUUUACUCCGACUUGCAAGUAUUGAUGAAGAACUUUGCACCAGCAUCAUGCACUGUUUGCCGCCUUAUGUUCUCUUCAGUCGUGAUUGUGUUAUUACAGCAUUUGCACAGCUUCUUCCAAAUUUCUUGCCUGCAGAAGGCUUGCUGGUCUGUCAGUUCCUGAUGCACCUUCUUGAAAACAAUCAGCUCAUUGUUCUGUUCCAAGCAAACUUUCUGCCUUCCAUUCCAUGCCUUGAUUUGUCUGUUUUAAAGAGUUACCUUGGCUUAUCCCAAUUGUUUUUGGAUGUGAUAGUUCUGCAGGUUGGGCUUGACACUGCUAUUCUACAGUAUGUCUUUGAUAAUGUCUUUAUUUUCACCAAGGAUGUUCUUUUGUCACCAGCUAUUCUCUCACAGUUGAGCCCGAUGUUGGCUUUGUUACUUAUCUACCAAAUAUUUUCAAUUAUGAACCUUCUCUUAAAAAUUGCCGAGCAUCUAAAUCCUGGCAAAAUCUUCUUGUUUCUUGUGGAGCUCAUUGCUAUUUUCAACCAACACUUUUCUAUGUUUCAUCCGGUUCCAAAGAAAAGGAAACAUGGGCUUACCAAAGAUGAAGAAUCAGAAAUACUUCGCUACCUCACUCCCUCUUUCUACUGUCAGGCGAAAUACACCAUUGAUAACCCACCUUUCUAUCCGUGCUUAACUCCCAUGAGAAUGUUCUCCCUCAUAUCUCCUUUUAUUUCUCUUCUGUACGUGAUUGUCUCUCCCCUUCUCUCUUAUUGCAUUUAA